GAGAGAGAGAGACUGUGCGAGGGACGGGAAGGAAAACGAAGAGAGCAAGUGGUCCACGCGUGCCAAUCCAAAAAUUUGUGUGUGCGCGAGUUGUGGGUUUGUUUGCUAAGCGUGCUAACUGCUAAGGAACUCUCACGUGUGGUGAGGUAUAUAAAUAGGCAUAUAGCUGAGCGCACAAAAUCAAAUGAGAGUGAGCUAUAGGGUGUGAUUGAUGGGUCAAGUUGAUACUUGUAUUUUCCUUGUGACUACUUGUAUUUGUUUUGUAUAGGUUAGGGAGCGAAGAGACAGAGAACGAGUAGAAGAUUCUUGUAUCAAAGAAGGGGUUUUUUUUUUUUUUUUUUUAUAGAAAACCAAAAGAUUGAAAAACAACUUAAAAAAGAGAAAAAAAAGUGGGAAAAAAAAUUGAGAGCAAUGGAGAUAGAGAGUGAAAUGAAGCAAUCAAAGUUUAGGAGGAUUUGUGUUUUCUGUGGAAGUAGUCAAGGAAAAAAAACUAGCUACCAGCAAUCUGCCAUUGAGCUUGGCAAAGAACUGGUUUCCAGGAACAUUGAUCUGGUUUAUGGAGGGGGUAGCAUAGGCCUAAUGGGUUUGGUAUCACAAGCGGUUCAUGAUGGUGGUCGGCAUGUUAUUGGAGUUAUUCCCAAGACGCUCAUGCCUCGAGAGUUAACUGGUGAAACAGUGGGGGAAGUGAAGGCAGUUGCAGAUAUGCACCAAAGGAAGGCUGAGAUGGCUAGGCAUUCAGAUGCCUUUAUUGCCUUACCUGGUGGUUAUGGGACUCUGGAAGAGCUACUUGAAGUGAUAACAUGGGCUCAACUUGGAAUUCAUGAUAAACCGGUGGGAUUGUUGAAUGUUGAUGGGUACUACAACUCAUUGCUGUCGUUUAUUGACAAAGCUGUUGAAGAGGGAUUUAUUAGUCCUAGUGCACGGCAAAUAAUUGUAUCAGCACCAACGGCAAUGGAGUUAGUGAAGAAAUUGGAGGAUUAUGUCCCCUGUCAUGAAAGAGUUGCUUCAAAAUUGAGCUGGGAAACAGAGCAGCUUGGCUAUCCGCAAAAGUUCGAUAUCUCUAGGUGAUAUGGAGCUUUCCAAAUUGAAAUCUGGUUUAGAUUUAGGAAGCUGAAGUGGCUAAUUUGAAGAAUUUUAAAUUCUUGUUUUGGGGAAUUUUCUUUUUUUUUUUUUUUUUUUGGUUUGUUUGUCCAUUUUGUAAAUUACUGAAAUUAACCUCAAUCUGUGAAGCAUCAUGUCCCUUUUUGUGGAACUCUGUUAUCUAUUUUUCAGUUGUAAUGUAAGUACUAGAAGGUUUAUGAAUUUA